AUGGUCAUAUCGUGCAGUGCGGUGGGGUGUACAAACAGGCAAGGACACAAGCCAAAUGUUUCCUUCUACCUGAUUCCUACUCGUGAUGAAGAUAGAAGACGGCGAUGGUUGGCGGCAAUCAACCGCAAAGACUGGGAGCCAUCCAAGUACUCCCGUAUUUGCAGUGAACACUUUUUACAAGGACAGAAGAGUGAUGAUCCCCUGUCACCUGAUUAUGUACCUUCAGUAUUUGCACAUACAAAGUCCCCUGCAAGGAGACGUGCUGUGCAAAGCCUUGAGAAGUUCAAGGUGAGACAGAACUUGAAGAAGAAGAAACUCCUGCUGUCUUCAAGAAGCGAGGCGGCUAUGGCACUCCCGGACUUCUCAUCAGAGAUGAGCGAGAUGACCACUCAGCUCACUGAGAAUGACAUGCCUGAAGGGAUCACACUCUGGGACCUGGAGGAGCUGCACAAUGACAUGAGGGAGAUGGCUCAACCCAACAGUACCUUUGAGAUCAUCUCCUCUGAGAGCAUCUCGGAGAAGUCCUCGUCUCUGGGAGUGGAGGCCUCGCUUAAAGCCAGUUUUCUCUUUGGGCUUGUGCAGGUUGAAGGAUCAGCCAAAUACUUGAACGACACCAAAACAUCCAAGCAGCAAGCUAGGGUCACGCUGCAGUACAAGACCACCACCCACUUCAAGGAGCUGACCAUGAACCAUCUGGGACAGGGCAACAUGAAGCACCAAUAUGUCUUUGACAAGGGCCUGGCCACGUGGUGA